AUGGGCUUUCUCAAACCUGAAGUCGGCAAGGCACGAAAGCCAAAAUUCGACCUUCAUCUCAAGAUAUACGACCUCAACAAUGUACCACUCGUUUCCGGUCAAUCAUUCGUCAAAUGGCACGUUUCUCACUCCAUGACCGCGGAGCACCGUGGUCGCACUCAGAAGUGCCCAAUCGCCAAUCACAGAGUCGACUACAGCUUUGUUACUGCGGUCCCCGGCAUUCGCAUAUCGAUAGACCGCAACAACCACCUUGCCGAAUGCCCCAUGGAGUUCGAGGUUAUUCAGGAGUUUGGUAUAGCCGAAAAAGUCACGCUUGGUGUCGUCCGCCUCAAUCUCAGUGAGUACGUCGAAGAGAGCGAAGCCUUUGUCAAGGAUGUCGCGUCGCCUGGCCGCAUGCGAAGCGGUAGUUUUGGUGUCAAUUCACAUGGCAACGGGACCUCACGACCGCGCCGUGAUUCGGAUGUUGUUGAAGAUGGUAUUGUGAGAAGAUAUCUCAUGCAAGAGAGCAAAGUAAACAGUACCUUGAAAAUCAGUAUUCUCAUGGUUCAAGUCGACGGUGAACGCAGCUAUGUAGCGCCACCUCUCAAGACAGCCCCUGUGUUUGGCGGCAUCGGCGGCAUCAUGGGUGAGGCGAUAGAAGACGAGGCUGGACCCAUAGCUGCUGCAGUGCCUAACUUGUCAAAACCACGCGACGCUGCCGAGCUUCAGGAUCUCUACCGGAGUGUCCUCACUGCCUCAUGGUGCCGUCAGCCCGAAGAGCAUUCCGCAGAGGAGGUCAUCGAUGACAUCUUUAGCGGCGGCAACGGGUGGAAAACAAAGCCACACAAUGCCUCGCCCGUCACGGAUGGCGAUGACGACGACGACGAUAUUGGCCACCGCGGUACCGUUCGUACCCGUGACGUCCGCCGCAUAACCCACAAUCUCCUCCAUCCUCAUAUUCACGGCCAUAACCAUCGAUCACCUUCACGCAACCGGCCUAACACCGGUCCAAAUGGCUCCUCACAUAGGCGCACACCAAGUAAUUCGAGCGACAAAAGCUUCUCCACUGUCACUGUCACGCCGUCCAACCGACGCAAGGGUGUUCGCAUCCACGAGCGCCAUCUUGACCAUGCGCGCAGCAUGGCGAGUAUGACGUCCACCAUGACGCUCGAUAGUGAUCCCAUGCGAGAAGCGAGUUAUAAAGGGGCUCACGAGGUUAAAGAGGAUGAUAUGCGGAACGAUCUGGUUGCUUGGCGGCUACCGGGUGAUCAGGUCAUGUAA